AUGUAUUCAUUUAAAAUCAAAGCAUUAGAAGAAUUCGUUCAGAUUGCAAACAAUAAAUAUAGUACCAAAAAUCAAAUUUUAUCAAACUCAUCAAGUAUUAUUGAAAAUUUCUCUUACGUCAGAAACGAAUAUCAAACAUUUUAUCACAUUUUAUAUGAUUACAUCAAGGAUACAUUAUAUACUAUAGGUUUUGAGACAGUUUUUAAACUCAAAGGAGAAAAAUCAAAUUUAUUAUUCGAAGAUUUAAACACAAAUACUCUUAGAACUGUUUCGUUUUCCAUUACUGAUCCUGAUUCUGUUGUUUUCUUACCACAAAAUGUCGAAAUUACUCAAGCUUUGCAAAAUAAUUUUAUUCAAAUUUACUUAUAUCCGAAUAAAUUACCUAAAAUGCCAUUUGCAGCAACAUGUUCGUUAACUAAUACUUCAAUUAUAUCAAGUUUCCCACCUAUUGACGUCAUUUUCCAAAUUGCAAGAGAAAAUCUUGUUUCUCAAGAUUUAAACUCAUUCAGACAAUUAUUUGACUUAAUCCCUACAUUGUAUGUUCCAGUUCUUCUGGCAAAUUAUAGUGUUAUUUCAGAAAAUUUGGCAAAUUAUUCAAGUUUAUUUACAGGGCAAAAUGAAAUCAUAUUCGGAACUGACAUUUUUAAAAUGAUCAUAAAUGAACUUAAUUUAGCUUCAAUUUGUUCUGAAUUUUCAAAUUUAAAUAUUAUUCCAAAUAAUUUUGUUACUCAUUCAUUUCCUUACUACUGUAGGAACUUCCUUACUCAAGAAAAGCUUCUCGCAUUUGAUAAUUCAGAAUUUUUAACAAUUUCCCCUCAAGAUUUCAAAAAUGAUUUUUCAUUUGUUUAUUCUUAUCUUUGUUUACGCGAAUUUCUAUCAAUAUUUAACACAACUCAGAUUACUCCACAAAUUGAAACUUCUUUCAAACAAAUUUCCAAGUAUUUAUUAUUAAUUGAGCCUUCAAUACGUUCUCAAGUAGCAAAUGACCUGUUUUCAUUGAUAUUCCUUCAGAAGGAUGGCCAAUACAUAUGCAAUGCAGGAAUUGCUCAAUAUUUAUGUCAUAUUAUCGAACCAUUUACAGAUUUACCAUUAGUUAGACAAGCAAUUCUCUCAUUGAACACAGGAAUAACUGGCCUUACGAGUGCAAACAUUUCCGCAUAUUUCUUGGCCGGCAAAAACGCUUUAAUCAAAAGUGUUUCAAAUCAUGACUGGAAAACCGCCAAUUUAAUCAUAAAAACGUCAACAUUGUACAAAGAUUUUUAUGAUACAGCUCUCGGAGUCUACCAACUUGGUGUCCAUGGUUUAAAUCAAGAUUCAGAAAUUUCAUCAAAUAUAAUUAAACUUGAAUAUGGAUUUUCAAGUGUAAAUGGUAGUGAUGCAUUGAGAAUGUCACGAUCACGAUAUCCUGACUACAUAAAUUUGAUUGACAAAAGAAUAUCAAUUUCAAAAAAGUCAAAUGCAUUGUAUGCGUUCAAUAACCAGUUCAAAUACGAAACAAUACAGAAUUUAGCAUCACAGUUAGAUGAUGAUCCAUUUAUUUUCCUUAAAAACAGAAAAGGAGAAGCAUUUAUGGAUGUUUUUUCAUUAACAAAGAAUUUAUAUGAAUAUUUGAGUUAUUUAAAUCUAUAUUCACGUUGUUUGUUCUCUUGUACAUGUAUAGGAAUAACAUUUGGUCCAUUGCAAUCAAUAAGAAAUGCAAUGUUGAAUGGAAUGAUCGUUGAUGCGAAUAAUUUAGCAAAUAUUUAUCAUUUGAAUUUGUUUGAUUUUGUCAUUGAAAACAUUGUUCAUUUCGAAUUAACAAAAGAGUUUGUUAUGCAGUAUUACGAUGAACAUCCUUUAGUUUGUACUGCUAUUGCAGCAACAAUGUUUGCAACUCAAGAUUUUCCAAUGAUUCCUUCAAAAUUUUUACAAAAAAUUGAAGCGAAAAACGAUAAAAUUGGAAAUUUGACAAAUUUACUUUUAUCAAAAGAAAAAGAUUUAUCAUUAUAUGAUGAUUACAUCUAUAGUAUUUCUCCUGUUGUAUUGAAUUCAUUGAUCAUGAAAUACAUCAAUGAUGCAGAUGUAGAUGUUAUACUUUACAUUGCAGAAAUAAUUGAAAGUUUAGGAGAAAAUUUAGAUGAAAAAAUCAUAAAAUUAAGGUUAAACAAAGAGAUUGAAAAGUUGUCUUUUAUGACAGAUAAAACGCAAAUUGUUCAAACAUUAGCUUCAGAGAAUAAGAAAGAUGCUUUAUUUGCUUAUUUGCAUAGAAAUGAAACGAAGAAACUAAUUGAUGUAGCAAUGAAAAACACUACUUGUUUGAAACGACAAAUCAUGGAAGAAUUUCCAAUUUAUAUCAAGUAUUAUAUUGAUGAAUUACCUGAUUUGAGUGCAAAGAUAACAAGAGAAGACAGAUUGUUCAUUAAAUAUUUCCAUUCUUUACCACAAAGAAUCAUAAAUGCAUGCGAAAACAUGGAUAAAAGAUCAAUUGCUGAUUUCUGUGUAAAUGAUGAAGAAUUUUGUUUCAACAUCACUGUAAAAUCAAGAAUUUUGUUAUCUGAUCUUGAUUACAUUAAUAUCAUUAAGAAACAAAGACCAAUUGAUGAUUUUAUAGCUAUUUCAAGACGAAUUUUACAGUUUGCAAGAGAUGUAAUUGAUUUUGCAUGUAUAGAAGUAAUUGAAGAAUAUUUAAUUGGUUUAACAAUUGAUUCUCUUGAAAAAGAAUUCGAAGUUCAAGUUUCCAUUACGAAGAUUCUUCAUUUCCUUCAUGAUUUCAAGUUGAGCAGUCCUAUUUUUGAGUCAUUCGCUGAGAUUAUUAAUAGAUCUCCUUAUUCUAUCUUCAACAAACCAUAUUCUUUCAAAGAAUCAAAUGACCAAUUACAGAUCAUUAUGUUUAAGUUGAAUUUAGACAGCGAAUACUUGAAAAUUGAAAAUAAAAUCGGAUAUGAUUCAUCGCAAUUCAUUACCGCAAAUGUUAUUACAUUGCUUAAAUUCGGCUUCUUUAAUGAAGCAAAGAAUUAUGUCCAGAAUUACCUGAAAACGCAUCCUGGAUAUGAUAUUUUAGAAUCAAUCACAUCUUCAAUUUUCAUUAAAGAUAUUUCACCAAAUAUCAUGGAUAAUAUUUCUUUCUGUUCUCCUGUAAUAAGGUAUUUCAUUCACAGUAGUUUCAUUAAUCAUGAUGUCCUCAAAGUCGUGAAUAUCACUCCACCGGAAAACUUGAUUGAAGAGAAAACAUUUAUCGGACUUUCAAUUUACACACAUGUUCAUAACAUUUCAACUCAACAUCCUGUGAAAAUUCCAACGAAAAAGAAUGUUAGAGUUGAUUAUAUAGAAAGCUGCUACCAAUUCCUAAGAGCUGUCCUUCAGAUACCUUCUUCUAUCGAUGUCUUCAUCGCUUUCGGAGAUUACGCUGAUGCUUUGACUCAAUUAUUAAGUGAUUCACUUGACGAUAAAGGUGCGGUUAUAAAAAGUGCCAUUCAAUCGUCGAUUAUCUCGAAUACGUUCAAACCAUUCCUACAUGACUUGAAGAAGAUGGAUAGUAACAUGGUUUUGACACGAGAUAUAUGGAAUUUCCUUCUGGAAUUCUGCAAACAACAUGAGUUGCACUUAUUAUUAAUUGAAAUUUAUUUGUCACUUGAUAAUAGAGUUGAAGCUGCCCAUGAAGCACUUGAAGAGUUUAAGAGAGCUGAAAAGGCUUCAAUGCAACUGUUUUUCUUAGGAAGUGCACUUAAUAAUUUAAUUGAAGUUAAAUUUUCGUCUGAAGAUGGUCAUUCACCAUUAUCAGCUAAUGACGAACAGAUACUAAUCAUUGCUGAGAUUCAAAAGGAACUUUGCAUUAAAGUUUUGGAAAAUGGAAUGAAAAAGUGUCCAGAUCUCCUUUAUGACCCAGAAUCUAUUAUAGAAGCAUGUGCUUUAUGUGUAAAGUUCAGAGUCCCCAUGUUAUAUGCGAAAAUUUUGGCAUUAUUCCAACCAAAAAUUUUCCCAAUUAUGGUUGUCGAAUUUUUACUCAAAAAUGAUAAAUCUGUUACUCUUUCUCAGAUUUAUGAUGGAAUCAAUGAUAUUUAUGGAGAAACUGGAAUUCGAGCUUUAUUAUCCGCGAUUCAACUAACGAAAGAUUACUCAAAUAUCCCUGAGUUGAUUGUUCAAAGGUACGGAGUUGAUAAGAACACAAAGAAAGCUGUCAAACACUUAAUUGAAUUUGAUGAUUUGAUGACUGCCUUUGCUUUAUGCGAAAAUUCACCAGAUAUGAAUGAAUUUCUACCUAUGAUUGCUCAUAGAGCAUCUGAAAUUGGCUUGACUCAUAUUGUAAAUAUUGUAUCAGCCAAAAUUAGAAAAGGAAAAAAUUAA